UUCCACGCCAAUAUAAGCAAUGGUCAAUUUAGUCAUUCGUGACCAGCUCAACUCUAGUGUUCUGCUGUGGACUUCAGCGUGGUAUUUUUUCAGAAAAAAAAGUUUCUGAAAGAAGAAGUCCAGAGAGGAGAGCUGCCGGUCUCCCUAUGCUGGUUGCAGCAUCUAUAUAUGGCGCGCCAUAUUCUGUUCUAUCACCUGCAGCAAGCUCAUCCACCAAUCUACAAACCUAAAAUCCCACUUCAGAAGCAAACCAAUCCCAGACAAGAGCUCAAAUGGCGUCCCAGCUGGUCGAGAGCCACCUCACCGGUGCCGAGAUCGUCAAGGGGGACGACGUCUGCAAGAAGAGGUCCGUCGAGCUCCUCGAGGAGCUAAGCCUCCCAAAAGGCCUCUUUCCACUGAGCGACAUCGAGGAGGUCGCGUACAACCGCGAGAGCGGGUUCGUGUGGAUGCUUCAGAAGAAGAAGAACGAGCACACCUUCAAGAAAAUCAAGCAGACCGUCUCCUACGCCACCGAGGUGACAGCUUUUGUUGAAAAGGGUAAGAUCAAGAAGGUCACCGGGGUCAAGGUCAAGGAGCUGUUUCUGUGGCUCAGUUUGGUUGAGGUCUAUGUCGAUGAGUCCGCCAAUGAAAAAGUCACCUUCAAGACUGGUACCGGCCUGUUUGACACCCAUGACGCAUCCGCAUUCGCUCUCGGAGAAUAGGGAGCUGGUAAAAAAUGCCACAAAAAUAAAGUCAGUGAAUGGUUCGGCACUACACAUGUUACGUAGAAGUAUAUGUUUCCGUUUUCAUGUAAUCUAUAGAUUAUUGCACGAAUAUUGCUCCCUUUCACUUAUAAGCGUUCACUGAAAGAAUAAUUGUACUUAUACCCCCUCUUCUUUCCCA